CUUCUGCUGCACUUACCGGUUUGCUUCGAAGCAGCAGCACGUGCUGCUGCUGUGCCGCCCUUCUCCGCCAGCCGUUCUAUCACUUCAUAUUGCAUCAGGCCUGGUGCAGCUAAUUGUCUCCCUGACGGUUACUGCAGCAGCGUGGCUGCUGCUGCUGCUGUCAGCAGCAGUAGCAGUGCUGUCGCAGCAUCUGCUGCUUCUGCUGGAGUCGCUGCUGCAUGAGCAGCAAGAGAAGGUCGUUGUUGCAGCGCCAGCUGCUGCUGUACUGCACGUGCUGCAGCAGCGGCUGCAGCAGCUGCUGCUUUUGCCGCGCUCUGUUGCUGCAGCACCCAUAGAAGGCCUAACCCCACACAGGGCGUGA